GUGCAUUGAAAAUUUUAUGUUCAAAGAAAAUAUAUACAUAUAAGGAAAAAUAUAAUGGCUAGACAUGGGCCUGGUCCUGGAGCGUAUCUGUUGCCCCCAACUGUUGGAUACGAGAAACAUGAUCCGUCCAAGUACAGAAAUCCUCAAUACAGCAUGGGCAGGCAAAGCGGCCUUGGGGGAAAGGGUAUUGGACCGGGGCCUUCAUACGACAUAGCCAAUAUGACCAGGUAUGGUAAAGCAACUCCUCCGGCGUAUUCUUUGUCAUCUAGAAGGAAAGAUGUCAGUAGCGGACCUGCGACGCCUGGACCAGGUACAUACACUUUAGACCCUGGAAAAACGUAUCCCGCUUAUACCAUGGCACCCAGGUUUCCUGACCUUUCCAGAUCGGCCACCCCGGCACCCAAUCAGUAUUCGCAACCAUCAACCUUAGGGCCUAAAGUUCCUCACAAACCAGCUGCGGCUGCGUACAGCCUUUCCGGCAACCAUGGUGCUUUGGCCAAAAAUAUUGGACCAGGGCCAGCGCAGUAUGGAGGUAUUCCUGUAGAUAUCUACAGGCUGAAACCACCCAAGUUUUCAAUGAUGGGCAGACACCCUGAUCAUGCGGGUGCUAUGAACCCGGGACCAGCUGCGUAUUUACCGAAAAUGCCGAAAAGCUGCUCCGGCGGUUAUUCCUUCGGCAAUAGGACUAUUAACAACCCUUAUGUAACAGCGGACGAUGUAGUUCCCUGCUACAAAGGAACAGGAAACAAUGUUUAAAGAGCAUUCACUUUAUGGAAAUAAUUUAAUAUACGGAAUGUAAAUUUUAUAUUGAC